AUGUCCAUGGAUGCGUGGUUUCAAUGUUGGACGCGAUCAGAGAAAUCCCAGGAGGAGAAAGCCGAUGUAUGGCUCACUGAGCAGCUGAAGUUCACGCGGGAGCAGCUCGACAAGAAAUCACGUCAGUGCGAGCAGCUGGAUGCCGAGAACAAGCGCUUACAGGCAGAUGCUUGCUGUGCUCGUGAGGAGUUGUGCAGCUUGCGACAGCAGCUGGCCUCUCAGCACGAGGAACUUGACGCCUUGCAAGCAGCACAUGGCCAGGAGCUUGAGCGCUUGCGCGAGGAAUUGAGCCGGGAGCGAGAGCUCCAUCAGGAGGCUUCGCGUUUGCUCCAAGUGCAGAGAGAUGAGAAGGUCCGAGACCUUCAGGAAGAGCUGCGAAAUCUGAGCGAUGGGCUGGCUCAGAAGGAGGGCAUCGUGCGCUGCCUGGUGGCAGAAAAGCUGGGGCAGCCCAUCAUGAGGACGAGGCAGUGGGUGAUGGGGAUGACCGAGCAACAAUUCGAUCUAGAUGGGGUGCACGAAGUGGAGAUGGUGUCACUUCCCGCGGUCAUGGACUUCGCUGCGGAUUUGUUCCAGGCAGUACAGAAGGGCACAGCCCGUGAGGUGGAAGCAAUCUUGCUGAAGUGCCAGGCUGCCCGAACCGAUCUCGUGGAUCCGAACUGUCGAGAUGCCAGAGGCAAUUGGGUCUUCUUGAAGGCCAGUGGAAGUCGAAGCCCCCAAAAACUGGAGAUCCUCCGCCUGCUCUUUGCUGCGGCGGCCGACAUCUACGUUGCUGAUCGUGGCGGGCGCCGGGCGUUGCACAUAGCCGCCAGCCAGGAGGAUGCUGAGGUACUUCGCUUCUUGCUGCAGGCUCGUGCGGAGACAGAAGCGGCAGACACCUUCGGCUGCACCGCGCUGCAUUUGACGGCGCUUAGAGACUCCGGACAGGCAGCCCAGAUUCUGUUGGAGUUCAAGGCAAACAAGGAUAAAGCUGAUAUCAGUGGAACAACUGCCUUGCAUGCCGCCUCUGAGAAGGGUCAUGUUGGAGUCUUGCGUGUAUUGCUGAAAGCACGGGCAGAUACAGAGAAACCCGACACCAAUGGUCUGACUCCGUUGCGCGCUGCUGCUGGUGUGGGCCGCUUGUCAGCGGUUCAGGACUUGGUGGCCCAUGCCGCAAACAUCAACAAGGCUUGCAGCAUCGGGAUCACGCCAGUUCAUGCGGCUGCAGACCGUGGACACCUCCAAGUUGUGGAUGUUUUAAUCUGCAGCCGUGCAAACUUGAACCAAGGAGACCUUCACGAGAGCAACCCGUUGCAUGCCUCAGCUGCGGCUGGGCACCUAGAGGUGGCACGUUUGCUGGUUGAAGGUCGUGCAGAUUUUCAUCUGGGGAACGUGCAUGAUGUCAGCCCGCUGCACGUGGCGGCAGGGCAGGGACAGGCUGAGGUCGUACAACUUCUGGUGCAGGCUGGCGCGGAAAAGAACAAAGCAAAUUCCUUGGGAGCGACUCCUUUGCGUUGUGCUGCUGAACACGGGCACAGGGAUGUGGUGAGCUUCUUGCUUGACAUGCAUGCAGACAUCAUGAUUGGGGACAACAGCCAGACCAUUCCACUGCAUGCAGCUGCUGCACAAGGUCACCUUCACAUUGCUGAGCUUUUGGUGAGGUUCAAAUCUGAUGUGAACCACCGAAAUCAGGAUGGGAUUACGCCUUUGCAUGCUGCCAUCAGUCGGGGUGACCCUGAUUUGGUCCACUUCUUGAUGGGUUGCAGGGCCCAUCCUGAACAAGCAACCCUCAAGGGAGAUAGGCCUCUACAUGCUGCAGCAGAGCGAGGCCACGCAGGCUUGGUUGACAUCCUUCUGCGAGCGCGGGCAGACGCGAACUGUGCCAACCACGGCGGUUCUUCUCCACUUCAUGCAGCUGCAAGUCUAGGUCGUUUGGAGGCCGCACGGACCUUGGUCCAAGCUGGCGCUGACAAGGAGAUGCCCAACGCCGUAGGGGUAACGCCGCUGCGUGCAGCAGCGCGGCAGGGAAGCUUUGAGAUGAUCUGCCUGUUGGUGGAGGCUGGCGCGAAGCAGGUCUUCUUAGAGGCUGGAUGUGAGGUUGAGCAGGAAUUGCUGGUGACAGUGAUAAGCCUGAAAACAUCUACCCAACCUAAAGAAAUCAAUUAG